AUGAAGUAUUCAACAAUUGUGAGUAACGAAACUCAAAAGAAAAAGAAGAAGAAAAAGAAAUCAAACUCUUCAUCAUCAUCAUAUUGGACGUUCAAAUCUAUGGACAUUACAGAUGACCAAUCAUCAUCAUCAUCAUCAUCAUCAUCAUCGUCAUCGUCAUCGUCAACAACGUCCAACAAUAUGGACACUACAGAUGACCAAUCAACAACAACAACAACAACAACAACAACAAUAUCACCAGUACCAACAAACGACGAACUAAUUCAGAGCAUUAGAAAGUUGGCCAAUUUUAUUGGAAAUCAAACCACAACUUUUCUCAAUCUAAUAGCCACCAACAACAAGUGCUUUGAGUCAAAUGGAACACCUGUUCCAUUUGUUGUUAAGUUUUUUCAAACUCAAUGCAAGCUUACUGAAAAUCAACUAAAAGAAAAUCUCACCACUUUUAGAUUUGACAGAACGUCGAUUGAAUGGAUGAUAAGAUACUUUGCUCUUGGAGGAGACGCUAUUUUUUCAGCAAUGGGUAAACAUCCGGUACCUCGUAUUGACACCGUGGAGGAUCUAUCCAAUGAUUCAAUUUACUCAUUAUGCUUUUUCAUGAAACAUGUUGCUCCAUUUUUGGAAAAAGAGAUGCAAAAGAGACCCAAAAUGCUUCAAAUGCUUCAAAAGUUGAGACAGUUCCGUUGUAACAACUCAAAAAACUGGGUUAAUGUGAUCGUGAUCAACAUUAAAAAUAAUAUCAUGGUUUCAACUUAUAACCAUUUAAAACAGUUGUUAAACACCUACAAGGAUAGGAAGAUAAAGGAUCUUGGAAAGAACCAAGAAGAAAUUAAAAAGGUUAAAAAGUUGGUUCGUGAUACUAUUUAUAAUUUUUCUAAUACGAGAUUAAAAAGAGCUGAGAAAGACCAACAACCAGUUCAAGAAGAAGGUGAAGAAGAUGAAGAAGGUGAAGAAGAUGAAGAAGGUGAAGAAGAAGAAGAUGAAGAAAAGAAAGCAGACCGUGUUGUCACAUAUGAUCUAUCAGAUGGUGUCUACAAAACCAUAGAAAUCCUUGGUGGUUAUAACCAACAAGUUAUUGAUGAGUAUAACAACUUAUCAGAUGACAAGAAGAAGAAAAAGGAAGCAAAAUAUGACAAUCGGGUGAGCAGAAGAAAAAAUAUUAUCAAAAAGAAAAAGGAAGAUGCUCACAAAAGAAGGGAAGCUAUCAUAAAGGAAAGAAGAGAAGCUUCUAUCAAGUUGCAAAAGUCCCCAAAUACAUCUUUGACAGUUGAUGAUUUGACAAACUCACCAUCUUCAUCACCCAACACAUCUUCACCACGCAACCCAAAAGGUAAAUUCAAUCAAAGAAUGAAACAUGACAGCAUUCGAAUCCGCGAGUUGGAUGAACUGAAGAAGAUCACAAUAGAGGCAGAAAAAAGAAAUGCUGAUCUCCAACAGAUUAGCGAUACCCGAACACCAACCGUGUUUAUUCCCGGGCUCAUCAAUAUUUCAUCCAUUAUACCAUCUCUUGGAUUUGAUAUCCAAUUCAUGUUUACAAGAGAACAUGCUAAAAACCUUUUGAAAUGUUUGGGUUUAAAAAAGGCCAAUGUCGAAAAAGAUCACGAGGGUAACCCAAGCUAUGCCAUCGCCACUCUCUUCCCAGGCUUGUACAAAUACGAUCCAAGGCUUUUCACAAACACCAAGAGGGUGUAUCUUCCGGCCACCCCUCCCACUGAUGUUGAAAAACAAAAGGAUGAGGAAAGGAGGAAAACAAACAAUGACAAUAGAUUUGCAAGCGCAUUAAAGAAAUAUAAAGGUAAUGAAGAUGUGGCAAGGGUAGCUGCUACUUUGCAAACUGGAGAAAAGGCAAAGAAUGCAAUUGAACAACACAACAAAUUGCAUGGUUUUAAAAAAGGAUCUCAUGAUAAAAAUCGAGCACUUCUUGCAAAAGGCACAAUAACUUUUUCGAAAGAAGAAAUGUUUCAAGAGAUAGUAAACAAAGGAGUAAAGUAUGAAAAUACCUCAACUACCACUACACCAUCUACUUCUUCAUCUUCAUCAUCUUUACCAUAUGUCACACAAGUUGCAAUGGAGAAAGAAUUUGCUGGAAAGUCUUUGAAGGAUGUCAUUGCCAUUGGUAUCGAUCCCAACACGUGCUCAAUUACUGUCGUUAACAAUCACGAUGACAAGGUUCUGGACAUGAGAAUGGAUACUCUUAUGGUUAAAAGAAACACCAAGUUUCUUUUAGAGAAAAUCUCUUGUCAUAUGGGAAAGGCCAUCAAAAGUUUUGAAUCCUGUUUACCAUCUCUCAAGUUCAAUGUCCUUAACCCUCAAACAUUCCAAUCUAGGCUGGACUAUUAUGAAAAGUAUUGUGAUUAUUUCGAUAUCUAUUUCGAAGCCAUCAAUGAUCCAAUCGUACUAUCUUGGAAGAGGAACUUUGCUUUCAAAAAGCAAAAGUUGAACAAAGAGUUUUACCAACAAUUUGACAACUACAUUCUUGAUCUCUUUAAAGAUCAUUUCCCAACCAAGUAUUCAAGUAUGAACGAUUCUGAAAGGAAUCAGUACAUUCAAGACAAUACAAUCAUAUUUUUUGGAAAUGCCAAAUUUGGACACAACACUCGUGGCAAGGUAACAACAUUUGCAGCCAAGACUGUUGCCAACAAGUUAAAGUCCAAACAAUAUUCCGUUGUCUAUAUUAAUGAAUACAACACGUCAAGACUUGGUAAAGAAAAGGAUGGAGGCCAACCGACCAAUGUCCAACAGUGCUCACCUAUCAGCGAAGCAUGUCAAUCCGCUGCUAAAGGUAAUAGUUUCCUUCGAUGCAGUGACCACCGGCAUCGUUUAGCACUCGUCAAGCAAGACACCCAUUCAAAAGAAUACAAAGAGUCGUUGGGGUUCCUCAAAUCCAUCGAUGAUUUGGACAAGAAACUCCAAUCACACAAUCUUUUGAAUGUGGCAGGUCAAUGUCGAACAAGGAAGGUGACACCGUCAGAUGUUGCCGGUUCGGAGACUGAAUCGCGUCAGGACUCUCAAAAAGUUGCCUCGACCCAAUCGUCUUCGUCAUCAACAAAAAAGUUCGACUAUCGACACGGACAGAAUAAAUAUGGUCCAGAGAUUAGAAAAUUUGGAAAAAUGGUCACCGUCCGUCAAGAUAUGGAAAGACAAAUUAAUUGCCAGGGUAAAAACCGAGGCAUCAACACAAUUUGGGCUCUCAAAGUAGUGUUUGAGUACAUGCAUACAACAACAACAUAA